AGCCGAGAUGCUCCGGAACCAGUACAUAGCGGCCAUGUCCAGCAGCAUGUAGCCGGACUGUUGGAUUCAUUCACAACAAAACAAAGUCUCUGUUUUAAUUCAGGACGUUUUUAACUGUUUCUUUAAGACUUCACGUUUUUUUAUAAGCUGACACAGAAGCCACUUGUUCACCGGAGAUGGGAGUCCCGGCGUUCUUCCGCUGGCUGAGCCGCAAAUACGCAUCUAUCAUCGUUCACUGUGUGGAGGAGAAGGGUAAAGAAUGUAAUGGAGUCCGUAUUCCUGUCGAUACGACCAAGCCAAACCCCAACGAGGUGGAAUUCGACAACUUGUACUUGGACAUGAACGGGAUCAUUCACCCUUGUACACAUCCAGAGGACAAACCCGCUCCCAAAAACGAGGAUGAGAUGAUGGUCGCCAUUUUCGAGUACAUCGACCGCCUCUUCAAUAUUGUGCGGCCCAGAAGAGUUCUCUACAUGGCCAUCGACGGAGUGGCUCCGCGGGCCAAGAUGAACCAGCAGCGCUCUCGGCGGUUUCGUGCCUCCAAAGAAGGAGUGGAGCUAGUGGAGGAGAAGAAUCGCAUCAGGGAGGAGAUCAUCGAGAGAGGAGGUUAUCUUGCACCUGAGGAGAUUAAAGAGAGGUUUGACAGCAACUGCAUCACUCCAGGAACAGAGUUUAUGGACAACCUGGCUCAGUGUCUCCGAUACUACGUCGCAGACCGACUCAGCAAUGAUCCCGGAUGGAAGAACAUCACGGUCCUCCUGUCUGAUGCCAGUGUUCCUGGUGAAGGUGAACACAAGAUUAUGGACUACAUCAGAAGACAGAGAGCUCAACCAAACCACGACCCCAACACUCACCACUGUCUGUGUGGAGCUGAUGCUGACCUGAUCAUGCUGGGCCUCGCCACCCACGAGCCCAACUUCACCAUCAUCAGAGAGGAGUUUAAACCCAACAAGCCCCGCCCCUGUGCGCUCUGCAAUCAGAUAGGUCAUGAAAUCAAAGACUGUCAGGGGACGGCCAGAGAGAAACAGGGACAGCACGAUGAGUUUGCAGACACGAUGCCGAUGUCUGAGCAGGAGUUCAUAUUUAUCAGGCUGUGUGUUCUGCGGGAGUACCUCGCCAGAGAGCUGACCAUGGCCAGCCUGCCGUUUCCCUUCGACUUUGAGAGGAGCAUAGACGACUGGGUCUUCAUGUGCUUCUUCGUUGGAAAUGACUUCCUGCCGCACCUGCCGUCCUUAGAGAUCAGAGAGGGAGCGAUAGAUCGACUGGUCGGUAUCUACAAAGACGUUGUGCACAAAACUGGAGGCUACCUGACAGAGAACGGCUACGUCAACCUGGAGCGAGUUGAGCUCAUCAUGGCGGCGGUGGGCGUGGCCGAGGACAACAUCUUCAAGAAGCGCAAAGAGGACGACGAAGGCUUCAAGAGAAGAAUGAAAGAGAAAAAAAAGAGGAUGAAGAAUGAGCAGCGGGGCCCCGCCUACAUGACCUCGGGCCAGUUUGCCCCUCAGGCGCUGGGGAGACGAGACCGACCCGAGGCCGUCCAGAACGCCCGGAACCAGGCCUACGACAUGAGGAUGCAGCACAACAAGGAUGCUGCUCAGUCCCUGAAGUCCACAAUGAAGAACGGUGGCAAUACGUCUGCGGGGCCCAGCGGCGGCGCAGACAACCGGGGGGUGAAGAGGAAAGCCGAGGACAGCGACAGCGAGCCGGAGCCUGAAGACAACGUCAGGUUAUGGGAGGACGGCUGGAAGCAGAGAUACUACAAGACCAAGUUUGACGUGGACGUGUCGGAUGAGGGUUUCAGGAAGAAGGUGGUUCAGUCUUACGUGGAGGGUCUCUGCUGGGUGCUGCGCUACUACUACCAGGGCUGCGCCUCCUGGAAGUGGUACUUCCCGUUCCACUACGCUCCGUUCGCCUCCGACUUCAAAGACAUCAAAGGGAUGUUCACCGAUUUUGAGAAGGCGACCAAACCGUUCAAGCCACUGGAGCAGCUGAUGGGAGUGUUUCCUGCCGCCAGCGGCAACUUCCUGCCCGAAACCUGGAGGACCCUCAUGAGCAGUCCGGAGUCUUCCAUCAUCGACUUCUACCCCGAUGACUUCGCCAUUGAUCUCAACGGCAAGAAAUACGCCUGGCAGGGUGUGGCUUUGUUGCCCUUCGUGGAUGAACGCCGGCUGAGGGCGGCUCUGGAUGACGUCUACUGUGACCUCUCACCUGAGGAAGUGAGAAGAAACAGUCUGGGCAGCGAUGUGCUGUUUCUGGGGAAGUCUCACCCGCUCUUCGACUUCAUCCACGAACUCUACCGCACAGAAUCUCACGAGGCCACCGAUAUCCCUGCAGAGCUGUGCCACGGGAUCCUCGGCACAUUAAAUCUCGAUGACAACCCUAUUCUACCAGAUAAGGCAGUGACGUCACCCAUCCCAAUGCUACGUGACGUUGCACAGAACAAUGCGAUCGGAGUGAAGUUCAAGGAUCCCCACUAUGCAGAUGACUUUGUGUUCAAGGCGGUCCUCCUUUCUGGAGCCAAGAUGCCCAAUAAGGUCCUGAAGCCAGGGGACUGGGAGAAGGGGAACCGGGAACCAUGGAGACCCCAGCUGGGCUUCAACCAACACAGGCAGCAGGCUCACGUGGACCAGUCCGGCUUCCGGGCUCUGGGUCACAGUAUGAACAGAAACCGUGGCGGAGGACAGUACAGCAACACCCCGCCGCCGAACGCCUACCAACAAGGAAACUACCGUUCUGCACACAGCGGCGGUGGCGGCCACCAGCCCUUCCAACAUUCCAGGCAGAACAGUUUGCUGGGAGCGCCUCCCUCCUCCUACCAGCAGCCCCAGUAUCCGAGGCAGCAGCAGCAGCAGCAGCAGUACGGGGGCAGAGGAGGUCACGGUUGGGAUCGGGCCACGCAGUCGCAGCCGUCAGCGUACCAGCAGAACAUGAGCCGCGGGGCGGGAGCAGGAGCAGGAGGGGCGGCGGCGACGGGCGGCAGCUACCAGCAGCGCUACGAUAACCGCAGGGAUGACUGGCACGAUCGCCGGGACAACCGGGGACAGCAGCAUCAGAGCUACAGUACCGGCCGCGGUUACCCUCCUCCUCCUCCAUCCAGAAGAUACGACUGGAACUAAACUCAAAGUAACGUUGGACUUUGGGACUUUCAGGGCGGGCGACUAUUUGUAGGGGAGACAUGUCAUCUUUCUUUUUUUUGUUUUUAAUUUUAUUGUCUUCUUGUACAAUUAAAUGGGUUGUUUUUUUCCUUUUUAUUCUACUUACAAACAAAAAGGUGUAUUAUGUAACUUGUGAUUUUUAAGACAAAGAGCCUGUAAAACUUGUAAAAUACAAGUGUGUGUCAAUGAGGACAAAAUGUCCCGCUGUGUUUAUUUUUGAGACGAAUCUCUCCAACGUGGUUCAUGUGUUUAGAAAAAGUAACAAAAACGUGAAAUAAAAGAAUUACAGUGAU